CGGGUGAACGCGUGGGUUCCAUUAUUCACGAGCGAUGGAGACGCUGGCCGGUGUGUUCGCCUCCGUCCCUCCUGUCGCCGCUGCCGGCGGGCUCGGACUCUGUGCCACCGGCGCGCUGCUCUACAGAGCCGUGACCAGAAAAAAGCCAACCCAUGUGAAGGUGAACUGCUGGUUCUGCAACCAGGAUACAACCGUACCCUAUGGGAACAGAAACUGUUGGGAUUGUCCAAACUGUGAGCAAUACAAUGGCUUCCAAGAGAAUGGUGAUUACAAUAAGCCGAUCCCUGCUCAGUAUAUGGAGCAUUUAAACCACAUGGUGACCAGCUGGGCCACUCCUUCACAAGCCUCCAAAAUUCAGCAAUGGCCAAAUGGGCAAAUUCUCUUCUGCAAAAAAUGCAACAACAACCAGCCUCUGAAGAUCAAGCAAUUGGCUUCCUUUGUGCCCAGAGAUGAAGAUAAGUAUGAAGAAGAAAUAGAAGUAUAUAAACACCAUCUUGAACAGACUUACAAGCUGUGUCGUCCGUGUCAGGCAGCGGUGGAAUAUUACAUUAAACACCAAGACCGGCAGAUUCGAGCAAUUCUCUUUGACCAUCAGCUUCGUCGUCGAGAGACAGACAAAGCAUUUGUGCAGAGUUCCCAUUAUUCUGGCCUUUCUACUCCAUUUCGAGUAAUAUUUCUUCGAUUCAUGGCCUUUGUCUGUGGUGCGGUGUUGGUUGCCAUGGCAAUUUAUGGAUCAGGUGAUCAACAUGAGGUCCAAAAGACCACUUCUGAAAUGCCUGCACCUGAUGUGCUACUGCAUCCGUCCAGCAAUGACAGCAAAACCAUUUCUGUGUCAGCGCACAGUGCAGUCCUGAAUGCCAUAGCCUGGCAAGAGCUGCUAGAGAUGGUGCCAGAGAGAAUGGUGAUCAACCUGCAAGUUGCAUGGGACUACGGGAAGAACCACCAAAUGGCUGUGGUUGCCACUGGCCUCUUCACUUGCUUAUUGGCUGUUCUUAUGGCUGGACGCAUUAGGUUGCGGAGAAUUGACGCAAUGGCUUCUCUUCUCUGGCUGGCCGUGAUGAGUUUGUACUUGGUGGAGGAUUACCUGCAGACUGAUGCUCCUGGGUGGCUCGACACUCUGAAAUUCAGCACCACCUCCUUGUGUUGCUUAGUGGGAUUCACUGCAGCUAUCGCUACUCGGAAGUCAACUGGCCAUCGGCAAUACAGAGCACGAAGGUCAGAAUCUGAACAAUGAACAGUGGCAGCAUAUGAACUCUUGUGUAACUGAUUCUGUCCUCCUACAGUGGAAUGCUGUUUCUUAUUUCGCUUUCCCAACAUUUGGUUGUCUCCUGAGGAAUUUAAAGUUGCAGCAUCAUUAUUCUUUGACCUAUGUGAAUGAGUUGGACUUGACAAUCCUAUAAAAUCAAACCUCACGUCUGUGUACUCUUUUUCCAUGGAAUUUAGGCUAGAUUUACUGAACACUUUCAUUAGGCACAAAUUCAAAUGUCAUAAUAUUUCUUGGAUGAUCUUGGAAUAUAGGUCAAAUAAUUGCUAUUAAUUUACUUAAAGACUGUCAGUAGAUCUCUUAGCAUAAUUAACAUGCUCACAAAUUGCUUUAAUAUUAGUUUAACACUUUAAUUGACCAUAAAGCCAAUUAAUGUGGCCAUUUGGCCCAUGGAGACUGUUCCACCAUUCCACCAGGCCUAAUUUAUCCCUCUCAACCCCCAUUCUCCAGACAUCUCCCCAUAAACUUUGAUGCCCUUACCAAUCAAGAACCUAUCCACAUCUGAUUUAAAUAUACUUAAUGAUGACCUGCACAACCGCAUAGUGGCGAUGAAUUCCAGAGUCGCCUCCCUCUGGCUAAAAAAAAUUCCUCCUCUUCUCUGUUCAAAAGGUAUGUCCUUGUAUUCUAAGGCUGGAGGGGGGUGGUGAGUGGGUGGGAGAGGGGGAAUGAAGUGAGAAGCUGGAGGGUGACCAAAGCCCUAAUUGGCCCUAAUCUGAGAGCUGAUCACCUUUGCGUAGCUGUGGCUGCUAUGGCGAGCAAUUAAACUGAAUCCUGGUGCUAAUAAUAGUUUCAGGAAUAUUCAUAUUACUUGCUGGUCAUCACAAGUUGACAUUGGAGAAAUAAAUAAGUGCCUCCAAAUAGUUAAGACCAAAAUUAGGCCAUUGAAGACAGAAACGGGUGAAUUUAGUAUGGGGAACAAGGAAAUGGCAGACGAGUUGAACAGGUACUUUGGAUCUGUCUUCACUAGGGAAGACACAAACAAUCUCCCAGAUGUAAUAGUGGCCAAAGGAAUAGUGGUAAAGGAUGAACUGAAGGAAAUUUAUAUUAGGCAAGAAACGGUGUUGGAUAGAAUGUUGAGUCUGAAGGCUGAUAAGUCCCCGGAACCUGAUGGUCUGCAUCCCAGGGUACUUAAAGAUGUGGCUCUAGAAAUUGUGGACGCAUUGGUAAUCAUUUUCCAAUGUUCUAUAGAUUCAGGAAUGGUUCCUGCUGAUUGGAGGCUGGCUAAUGUUGUCCCACUUUUCAAGAAAGGAGGGAGAGAGAAAACAGGGAAUUAUAGACCGGUUCGCCUGACGUCAGUGGUGGGAAAGAUGCUUAAGUCAAUUAUAAAAGAGGAAAUUACGACACAUUUGGAUAGCAGUAGAAGGAUCAGUCCAAGUCAGCAUGGAUUUAUGAAUGGAAAAUCAUGCUUGUCUAAUCUUCUGGAGUUUUUUGAGGAUGUAACUAUGAAAAUGGACAAGAGAGAGCCAAUGGAUGUAGUGUACCUGGACUUCCAGAAAGCUUUUGAUAAAGUCCCACAUAGGAGAUUAGUGGGCAAAAUUAGGGCACAUGGUAUUGGGGACAGAGUACUGAAAUGGAUUGAAAAUUGGCUGGCUGACAGGAAACAAAGAGUAGCGAUUAACAGGUCCCUUUUGGAAUGGCAGGCUGUGACCAGUGGGGUACCGCAAGGUUCGGUGCUGGGACUACAGCUGUUUACAAUAUACAUUAAUGAUUUAGAUGAAGGGAUUAAAAGUAACAUUAGCAAAUUUGCCGAUGAGACAAAGCUGGGUGGCAGUGUGAAAUGUCAGGAGGAUGUUAUGAGAAUGCAGGGUGACUUGGACAGGUUGAGUGAGUGGGCAAAUGUAUGGCACAUGUUUAAUGUGGAUAAAUGUGAGAUUAUCUACUUUGGUGGCAAGAACAGGAAGGCAGAUUACUAUCUAAAUGGAGUCAAGUUAGGAAAAGGGGAAGUACAACGAGAUCUAGGUGUUCUUGUACAUCAGUCAAUGAAAGCAAGCAUACAGGUACAGCAGGCAGUGAGGAAAGCUAAUGGCAUGCUGGCUUUUAUAACUAGAGGAAUUGAGUAUAGGAGUAAAGAGGUCCUUCUGCAGCUGUACAGGGCCCUGGUGAGACCACACCUGGAGUAUUGAGUGCAGUUUUGGUCUCCAAAUUUGAGGAAGGACAUUCUUGCUAUUGAGGGAGUGCAGUGUAGGUUCACAAGGUUAAUUCCCAGAAUGGCGGGACUGUCAUAUGUUGAAAGAUUGGAGCGAGUGGGCUUGUAUACACUGGAAUUUAGAAGGAUGAGAGGGGAUCUGAUUGAAACAUAAGAUUAUUAAGGGAUUGGACACACUGGAGGCAGGAAGCAUGUUCCCGCUGAUGGGUGAGUCCAGAACUAGAGGCCACAGUUUAAGAAUAAGGGGUAGGCCAUUUAGAACAGAGAUGCGGAAAAACUUUUUCACCCAGAGAGUGGUGGAUAUGUGGAAUGCUCUGCCCCAGAAGGCAGUGGAGGCCAAGUCUCUGAAUGCAUUCAAGAGAGAGUUAGAUAGAGCUGUUAUAGAUAGCGGGAUCAAGGGAUAUGGGCAGAGGGCAGGAACGGGGUACUGAUUGUGUAUGAUCAGCCAUGAUCACAGUGAAUGGCGGUGCUGGCUAGAAGGGCCGAAUGGCUUACUCCUGCGCCUACUGUCUAUUGUCUAUUGGUGAAUCUAAUUUAAUAAUGUGCCACACAAUCACCAAUGGUGCAGUGAAGGAAGCUGAGAUGUAGAGGAGACCAGAAUUAGAAGACUUGAUCUGUAUGAGUUGUAGCCCAGGAGAAUACAAAUUCACAGUGGCCAGCAGUUCACAAGAAUGAAAAUCUUAAAUUGUAAGUUGAAAAUUUUUUAAUUAAAUAAAAAAAUUAACUUAGGAAAUAUAAAGUGGAAUUCUGUUGGACCAUUCAAAAUGAAUUGUUUUUAACAGAGGAAUUAAAACUGCAAAUAGUUUUUAAUCAACUAUUUGUGAUAGUUUAUUAUCACUUUGCAGCCUUAAUUUUUAAGAAUUCAUCACGGUAGUGGCAUUACUCAGCCAUGGAGUUAUGACAUCUCCUUGUGGCUAUAAUCUACAAUUUGUGUACUUGGUGGAUUUCUUUUGAAUAUUAAUAUAAAUGGCAUCACUACCAAUGACCAGACAUUGUUUUUAAUAUGACUAUAAAUUUUCUGCAACUAUUCCAACUCUUCAGAUUGAUAAUUCUGUCACAAAUAAGGCUAAUUUAGUAUUAUCUGCAUUUCCAAAUGAAAAUCAUAGAAAAUUAAGCUCCUUUUCUUAAAGAAAGCUGUGGUGCUCUGUCCUAUUUAGAAACUUGCAGUGAUGGUGGACGUCCUUUUUUCUGCUACAGUUCUGACUGAACAUGUGCCACAUUGGAGAAUCAGAACCAGGUUUAAUAUCGCUGACAUGUCGUGAAAUUUGUUUUGUGGCAAUAUUACAGUGCAAUACAUAAAAAUAAUUUAAAUUGUAGAAAGAAAUACAAGUAUAAAAAUAAUUAAGUAGUGCAAAAAUAAUGUAGUGUUUAUGGGUUGGUUAACUGACCGUUCAGAAAUCUGAUGGUGAAGGGGAAGAAGCUCCAGCAUGUUGAGUGUGUGUCUUCAGGAUCUUGUACCUCCCCCCUGAUGAUAGACCAUGUCCUGGGUGAUGGGGGUCCUUGAUAAUAUUAUAUUCCACAAAGACAUCCAUUCCUAGUGUUAAACUCUAGUGAUGCUUUAGCACUUAACUCAUCAGUUUUGUGAUGCAGCCCCAGAUUCUAUUUCACACAAAAUGCUGGAGGAACUUGAGGAGGAACUUAGCAGUCAUGGCCUGAAACAUCAACUCUUUUCAUUAGAUGCUGCCUGACCUGCUGAGUUCCUCCAGCAUUUUGUGUUUUGCUUUGGAUUUCUAGCAUCUACAUAUUUUCUCAUGUUUCAGACCUGUUACACCAGUAACACUAAAACUUAUCUGGCAAAUAUAAUAGCACUGAUUUUUUUUUAAAUCUUGGAACCUCCCCUCUCCAGCCUCAGGCAAAAAUAAAGAAAAGUUAAUGAGACAUUGAGACAUUGAAUGUUUUGAACAUGGAAAAAAAGUGGACGUGUUUGAUUUCUUAAAGGUACAAUCAGCCCAAUUUUAGGUCCAGAAAAAAUGAUUACUGCAUCUUUAAAAGAAAAAAAACAUUCUUGGCUUCAGGCUAGUGAGUGGGUGAUUUGAUGGCUUUGGUUUAAAUUCAUUAUGUUGUAAAAGAAACUAAUUAUGUUUAAGAUAAAUGCUGCCUUGGCAAUUUGCAUUACAAUAAAAUUAAUUCUACAAAUCAGUUUUCUUGCAUGCAUUGGGAAGGCUUCAAUAUUUAUGCAAGUGUUAUUAUCACACUGGCAUCAUCAUACCAUCCAUUACUAGCUCCAAUUUCUUUUUUCUCUUGCAAAUGCUACUUUCAAAUUCUGGUUUCCUUAACUUUUUUGAAUGCUGAAUAGCUGUUAUUUAAGUAACCAGUAAAAUUGGUGCUAUGCCUUCAUAUAUGAUAUUUGCUGCAUCCCAGUGAAUGUAAUUUGGGACACAGUUCAGUAGUACUACUGGCUUUCCUUUCUUAAAUUUUAUCAGAUAAUGUGUAAUUCAAUAUUUAGAUCAAGAUGUAUUAACAUAUGCACAAUUGCUAUUUCUGUGCAGUACGUAUUCUUGGUACUUAAUACAUAUAUUUUAAAAUUCUAUGCAGUUUCUGUUAAUGCACUAAAAUAUUUUGAUUCCUUGUAAAGGUUUUCUAUUUUUGAAUUGUAUUUAUAUAUUAUCUUGUAUUUUAUUUCAAAUGUCUCAGCAUUCAAAAGGGUGUGCCACCUAUUUUACUUCUUCCCUGCCUAUUAUCACCUUUUGUGCAUUUUAAUCAUUUAAAAAUGUUCUGAAGUUUGCUUGUAUUGGAAGCCCUGCAGCAGCUUUUUUUUUGCUUUAAACCUUACUGUCACUUUGAACCUUCUCAGCAUUUUAAAAACAAAUAUUAUGUACUCAUUUAAUUGGUCCAAGUUUAGUUGGCAAGUAGAAUUUAUGUAAUGUGUUGUAGAAGUGAUGCUUGUAGGCUUAUGUAGUUUGCUUUUAAUAAAUUGCCUACACAAAAAUUUAAUAUGCUCUUUACUUAUGUAUUGUUACUAUUCAUUUCCAAAUUAGAUAUCACAGCCAUUCACAGCAUUUCAGUAACUGCUCAUUUUGGGGUAUGCAAAGUGCUUGUUAUCUAAGCGUUUCAAGUUUCAAAGUUCUCAGAGGGAUUUGAGGUUUGCAUUGAAGUUGUUGUAUUGGAACUGAUGGGACCUUGCAUCCCAGUGAAUGUAAUAUGGGACACAGUUCACUAAUAGUACUAUUGGCUUUCCUUUCUUGAAGUAAGUAACCAGAAUGAGUUUCUGAUCUGAAACUGCCAAUGUAAAAUCAUUUUCAGAAAGCAGGAGACAUUGUUGGAACUAAAGUUACAACUUUUAAAAUCUUAAAUCAGAAUAAAUGCCAUAGGCCUUUUAAGAGAAGAGUUGGGUUUGAUUCAAGCAGAUUUGCAUCUACAUCAUUGUCUCUGAUUUAGUUUUAGCCGUAACUAAUUAACUUGUAUUUUGUUGUAGAUUUAAAAGCAUAUUAUUUAAUCUGCUGUUUAUCAUUUGACUUAAUGUUGCUGGAAAGCCUGUUAGCACUGUUUGUAAUAUAAAACAUUGUGUAAACAUUGAAGUGCAAAGCUGUAGUCUAUGUAAUGACGUUUUCUGCAUUAUUUGGGUACAGUCAACAGCAGUGUAUAAAUGUGAAUGCAGCCAAUAGUUAUAGUCUAACACAUCUGAUGGAAAUGUACUGUGUGUAAUUCCAACCUAGUGAAAUCCUAAUAAGUAAAAGCCAAUGUAGAAAUUUUACUGCAAUAUUAAGCUUAAUUUUAUUGUAAAAUGGAAAUGUUGCAGUGCUCUGGAGUACAUUUAAUGUGAUCAGUGUUAUCGUGUUUAGUGAAUCUUAACUUUUUAACUUUAUCUGGAUUAUUGUACUCCUCCAGAAUCAAUGUUCAUUUCACUUCUAUCAUGCAAGUAUUAUUAAGAGCUCACCUUACCUUUUGCAGCUUAUUUACUGAGACCAACAUUGCAUGUUGUCAAGAUGACACUUGGGACUGCAAGCCGUUGCUGAUAAUUGUUGUAGAUUCAUCCAAAUUCAUUAGUAUGUACUGUUGCUGCUUUAUCACAUUGUGUGUCAGGACCACUUAGAGCAAACUGCAGUAACCUAGAUGAAUCCUUGGUUCAGCACAAGUGAGUUGUGACAGCUUAAUGGCUCAUCUUGUGGCACUGAACUAAUCUUGUCAAUCAGGAUGUUGGUGAUGACCUCCCUGAGAACAUGAGUGUCUUUCAGAUGGAUGUUGAACAAAUUUAAGUCUUUUUUUCAUGUUUGAUCUUUGAAAAUAAAAAAAAUUACUCAACGUAU